CAAGUAUUAGGGAAUUUAACGGAUGAAACCUUAAAUAAAAAGUUUAAAGAUGUCUUUUUUGAUUUUCCUGUGCCGAUAAAUGAAGUUAUUUUUUUCUGCACGGCUAAUUAUCCCGAGGAUAUUGAACCUUUUUUAUUAAGUAGAUUAACCAGAGUAAAAAUUGAACCUCUUACUUUUGCCGAACGAAUAGAAGUAGCCCAAGGAUUAAUUGAUUAUAAUUUUGCCAAGUAUGAAAUUAGUAGGUUAAAAGAUAAAUUUGAUUUAGAUUUGAUUAAGAAAUGUUUGUGUAAAGAAUGA